AUGACUUCAAUUACUGGCUUCACUUCUCAUGAUGUUCGAUUUCCAACUUCCUUAGACCAAGUUGGUUCAGAUGGAAUGAAUACAGGCCCCGAUUAUUCGGCCGCGUACUGUAUUUUGCAGACAGACUCCGAGCAUAGCGGCCACGGAAUGACUUUCACGAUUGGUCGAGGAAAUGACCUCGUAUGCAAGGCGAUAGAUCUCAUUGCGCCGUUGAUCGUCCAUCGGACGCUGGAGGAGCUGGUGCGAGACUGGGCACAGACAUGGCGCUAUCUCACAUCGGACUCGCAGCUGCGAUGGAUAGGACCCGAGAAAGGGGUGAUCCAUAUGGCUCUGGGUGCAGUCGUCAAUGCCAUUUGGGAUCUGUGGGGCAAAGCUGAGCGGAAGCCAGUGUGGAAGCUUGUGGCCGAUAUGACUCCAGAGGAGGUAGUACGGUGUAUCGACUUCCGCUAUCUCACUGAUGCAAUCACGCCUGAAGAGGCCAUUCAGAUGCUUCGUGAAACGCAGUCUGGAAAGGCAGAGCGCAUGGCAGAAGUGAUGGACAACCGUGCCGUAUCCGCUUACACCACGAGCGCCGGCUGGCUUGGAUAUAGUAAGGACAAGAUGCGAGGACUGUUGCUGAAGAACUUGGCCGAAGGCUUCAAGCAUUUCAAACUCAAGGUCGGAGGAUCAGUCGAGGAAGACCGAGAGCGACUUCAGUUGGCCCGAGAGGUGAUAGGUUACGAUAAAGGAAAUGUGCUGAUGAUUGAUGCCAACCAAGUUUGGUCCGUACCUGAAGCUAUCAGUUAUGUGAGUGCCCUGGCCGAGUUCCAGCCGUGGUUUAUCGAGGAGCCUACAUCGCCUGAUGAUAUCCUGGGCCAUGCCGCGAUUAGGAAGGCACUGCGGGGCACGGUGGGAGUUGCGACUGGAGAGAUGGUGCAGAACCGUAUAGUGUUCAAACAGUUGCUACAGGCUGGUGCGGUUGACGUCUUACAACCGGAUGCCUGUCGCGUUGGCGGCGUGAACGAAGUCUUGGCCAUCCUAUUGCUAGCUCGGAAGUUCAAGGUUCCGAUUGUGCCCCACUCAGGAGGCGUUGGUCUUCCUGAAUACACAUCGCAUUUAAGCACAAUCGAUUAUUUGGUGGUAAGCGGGCAGAAGAGCAUCUUGGAAUAUGUGGAUCACCUCCAUGAACACUUCCUUGAGCCUACUCAGACAGCAGAUGGGUACUAUGUCACACCAAAGGCGCCAGGGUACAGUGUGGAGAUGAAAACAGAGACUUUGGAGAGAUAUAGCUUCCCUGGGGGGCCGCAGAGUUGGUGGAGAAGCGAUGAAGCCAAAAGCAUCCUCAACGGAGACAGGACGUUGGCCCCAUUUUAG